AUGCAGAAAGUGAAAGAAAAACAAUUGUGCUUUAAUUGUUUAAGAAAACACCGAGUCAUAAACUGCACGUCACAAAGAAGAUGUCUGGUUUGUAAAAAGAAACAUCAUACUAGCAUAUGUAACAACAAGAAUAAAGAACAAAACAGUGGCGGGAAUGUUCCGGAUGUACAACUAUCAAAACCGGAAACGGCAGUUCUACUUUCAUCUACCCAAGAAACUUCCCAUGGUGUUAUACUGAAAACAGCCAUUAGCAAGGUGACUUCCGGUAACAUAACAAGGGAUACUCAUAUCCUAUUUGACGAAGGAGCACAGAAGUCAUUUAUCACCGAGACGCUAGCACAAGAAUUGCAACUAUCCACAUCCGGUACAGAAACCUUACACUUAGCAACGUUUGGUAACCAAGAACAACAACUAAAACAAGUUGAUUCCGCAAUGGUGUACCUCAUUACAAACCAGAAAAAGAGAAUACCGAUCAAUGUGUUAAUAGUACCUACUAUAUCAGUACCUAUUAGUACCAGUCAACACAACACAGCGUCCCAUUUACCUUACCUGAGAGGACUGAACCUGGCACAUCCGGUUAGCGGCGAUGAGGUAUUUACAAUUUCUCUGCUGAUAGGAGCUGACCAUUACUAG